AGAGAAACAGGGAGACGCCACAGAACACAGCAGUGCUACCUCUGUCUCAUGGCGAUGUCCGUGUCUCCUUCAUCAGGAAGUAAAGAUCUCGGAUACAGAAGUGCAUCUCUGCUCAGCAAGACUUCAUCGUUCUCCAUCAUGAGUGAGAUAAAAAACUUCACAGUGUCGUGUUUGGAUUUGGACACUUUCCUCUCAGCGAAAGUGAAACUGCGCCAAGAGGGGUUUCUGGAUUCCAACAUGAAGACCAGUUUGGAUUUUGCGAUCCAGACUCUGGAGAACUUUCCUGUCUCUAAACGUCGUGACGUCUCUCUCACCCUUGAAGGAGAGAGGCAGCUGGUUCGGUUCACUUCAGGGAACCCCGUCCUGCUGUACGUCGUCCGUUUGGGUCAGAAAGGUCCAGAGCUUCAUCAGAAAGUCCCGGUUGGGUCUCGUCUCAAUCCCUCGUGCCUGAGCGAGUCUCACUUCUUCGGGCAUUGCUGCAGAGACGAGCUGGAGAGCUGCAUGGAUCAAGCGAGGCGGGUUUUAAGCGCGGAAAUCGAGGCUAAUCCGUCGUCUCAGAGCGAGCUGGAGCUGAGGAUCGUGUGUGGUGAGUUUCGGAUUACUUACACCACCCAGCAGCCUCAGCGCAGCCUCUUCGUCCGUCCUCACCGCCGACUGUACUUCGGCAAAACGCUGAAUCUGGAGAAGCUCCUGGAGACCAAAACACGUUUGGAGAGAAGCGGCGAGAUGAAGGAAGGCCUGCUGGCUUGUUUCCAGCACCUGCUGAUCAACUACAGUCAGUUUCAGGAGGAAAACAUCCGCGUCGUCAUCCAGAGCGACGGAGAGCUGAUGGAGCUCGUCUGCGGCCGCAAGGACUACCACAGCACGCAGCACUUCCUCUUCACCGAUGGACAGAAUCGAGCUCACAGCCACAGGGUUCAGGACAUGGAGCUGUGGGAGUACGAGUGAAGGUCAAGAGCUGAGAAAGAAACACGCUAAAGAGUCACAUCAGUGUGUUGCUAAAUACAGAUUUAGAUAACUAACAGAUAGAUAGAUAGAUAGAUAGAUAGAUAGAUAGAUAGAUAGAUAGAUAGAUAGAUAGAAUCAGUAAUCAGCAGUUUUGGGGAUGUGGGAGGAAACAUUAUUUCACAUGGACACAGGAAGGUUCUGCAAAACCCCAGACUGGCUCCAGAUCCACCGCAAACCUGACCAGGAUACAGCAGUUACUGAAAAGUUAUAAUAAUAAUUAUAUAUUAUUAAAAACUAGAGAUGCCACAAUACCACUUUUUCUCUUCCAAUACCAAUAACGAUCUCACACAGCUUCUUAUUUCUCAUGAGGUUUCUCUUCAGUCUAUGUAUUUUUUAAAAAGUGUUGUUAACCACUCAGGGCCGAGUUUCCCAAAAGCAUCAUGAUGCAAAGGUCGUGAUCAAAUGGUAGAGCGAGCAUCACACUGAACACUCUCUCUCUCUCCUAAUUAAGAUGAUCUUAACUGGGAAACUCGGCCCAGUUUUAUUCUGCCUCCGACACGCAGCGGAUCAAUGAUUUUGCACAUCAGUUAAUAAGUGCGCUACAUCUCUCUGAGUCUUAGGACUAAGAUGGCCGAGGGUGUGAAAGUGGGCGGGGCUGGAGAAGAACCAGGAUAUCGAAUACGUGACUAUAUGCUACUAGAUGUUAUUAUAUGACGCAGAUGCAGUUCUUUAUAUAUAUUACUUUAAUCUUUCCACAUGCAUUGCAUAACUAAUUUAUUUAUAAUAUAAAAUCCACUGUAACUUUAUAAACUCUUAUUUAUGAGAAAGCAGUAGAUAUUCUGUAAAAAAAAAAAAAAAAAAAAGAAAGAAUACGUAAAGACAUUUCCAUCUUUAGUGCUAGUGAAACGGUUUUUGCCCUGAGACUAUGGGUUGAUGAUAUUUUUCUUUUGUGUCAGCAAAAAAAUAAAUCAUUUCACACAAAAA